AUGUCUUCUUGGUUCAGCGCAUUUAGCGACACUGUGGCCAGCGUGUCCGAAAAGGUUUCCAACGCCAUUCCGCUGGACAGGGAAUUGAUUGAUAAACUCACGCUCAAUACUGACGAAAUGAAGGCUACCCGGGAACAAUUUGGAGAAGACGCUACUCGCAAGGCUGCUGCGAAAGACCUGCUGGCAAAAAUGCUCCCUUGGGGUACCAACGAUAAAGAACGAGAUAUUUUGGUGGACGAAUGCAAGGAAGCCAUUUUGGCGUUAAGUAGUGAUGAGGCCACCUUUUAUGGGCCGUUUGAAAUGCCAGAACUCGAUGUGAACAUGGAGGAGGAGGAAGACGAAAAGAAGAAAAAGAGCAGCGAAAGUGAUGACGAAGAAGAAGAAGAAGAGGAGGAAAUAGUAGAUGAAGAAGAUGAGGAGGAGAAACGAAAACGACUAUUGCCAUCAGAAGAAUCACUGGAAAAACUGGCACAACUGGAACCCCUGCCCCCGUUGUUGCAGGACUUUGAUCUGGAGUGCCAUGUUGGAUUGAUUCAAAUGAUAUUGAAGGAGGACCCCAAACUGGUUGAAAUGCAAUCCAACAUAUCUGGUGGAGGCAAGAGAGAAGAAAUCUUUUGGAGAAAUUACUUUUUCCACUGUGCGUACACACGGUACGAAGCUGGAUUGAGCAUUGACGAAAUUUGGUCUUUUUCACCGGAGACUGCGGAACCUGUGCCAGCUGCUGCUAAAACUGCAGCGGUGCCGCUAGAGACGAAUGAAGCGGACGAGGAACAAGUGGUAUUUGAUGACAAGGACGCAGCAUCACCGCAACCAGCAUUUUCACCAGAUGAUACUGAUACUACCGACGAAGCAACACCAGCAGAGCCAGCGGCGGAAACUCCAGAGGCUGCAGAAGAACCAGAAGCAUUUGACCUAAAUAAUGGCGACUUCGAUUUCUUGGACGAUGAUGAUGACGACGAUGAUCAGGCAGCUACUGAGCCAGCGAUGGAUGAACUGGAAGCAGAAAUUAUGGCAGAAUUGGAAGGCUAA